AUGGUUGAUCUUGAACCAGGAACCAUUGACGCCGUGAGAUCAUCCCAUAUUGGAAACUUGUUCAGACCCGACAAUUUCAUCUUUGGCCAGAGCUCGGCCGGUAAUGUCUGGGCUAAGGGUCACUACACUGAAGGUGCCGAACUUGUGGAUUCGGUGUUGGAAGUGGUGAGAAGAGAAGCUGAAGGUUGUGACUCUUUACAAGGUUUCCAAAUUUCCCACUCAUUGGGUGGAGGUACCGGUUCUGGUAUGGGUACUUUGUUGAUUUCCAAAAUCAGAGAAGAAUUCCCCGAUCGUAUGAUGGCAACUUUCUCCGUUGUCCCCUCUCCUAAAUUGUCCGAUACCGUGAUUGAGCCAUAUAAUGCUACUUUGUCCGUGCAUCAAUUAAUUGAAAACUCCGACGAAACCUUCUGUAUCGAUAACGAAGCCUUAUACAACAUUUGUCAAAAAACUUUGAAAAUGGACCAACCAGGCUACAACGAAUUGAAUAAUUUGGUGUCGUCUGUGAUGUCUGGUGUUACCACAUCUUUGCGUUUCCCGGGCCAAUUGAACUCCGAUUUAAGAAAGUUGGCCCGUCAACUUGGGUUCCUUUCCCAAGAUUACACUUCUUUAUGGGUUGGGCUACGCACCAUUUGA